AUGCGCUUUGAUAACAGGCACACCACUAUCGCGAAGCACCAACUACCCGAUCCAAUUCCUCCAAUUGCUAUACCCUGUAUCGUUGCCAUGGAUGUCGCUGAGAGCACCGAGCCGGUCGCCCAGGCUGGGGUCGAUUUGUCCAGAGUCAUUGGCGAUGUAGAUAUCUCUCUAGAUUCUCUCGGCGAUGAUGGGAGAUCCAGCAGUCUCAGUGAAAUAGAUGACGUCUCGGAUAACGAGCCCUCCGAUGUCGAGCUACCACAACCCCAACAGUCUGUGCCAGAAGAGGUAGAUUCCGAGGCAGAAACCGAGCGUUUAGAAGACUCUCCCAACAAUCACCGAUUACAACCGAACAUCAAAUUGACCGGGAUGAGCCGCUUUGAAAGUAGUCCCAGCAAACUUGCGCAAUCUACGACCUAUGACGAAAUGGAAGAAGAUGAAGAAAACGAAUUGACUAAGACUCCAAGCAAGACCCGUCGAUCGUCGAAGCCCAAUGGUGCUUCUGAGAAUAUAGAAACACCGGUUCUUGAUGAUGCGGAGAGUCCUCAUUCACACGCAGACGUAGCGGGCAAAAAACGCAAACGUUCGCAAGCGAAUGAAGAUCUUGACACCGAAAUGGGCGACGAUGACGAGCCGCUACGAAAGCGCCGAGGCUCUGUCGGAGCUGAUGAAAUCCAGGACGAAGUCGGUGGUGAUGUUCUAACAACACGCGAAGAAACCGAAGAAGUCGGUCAACAUGAUGCUUCAGGAAAGGGAACUCCGCUCGACGAAACACCAGACUCUGCUGUGCCUACUAUCGCGACUCGAGGAGGCAAACGCGGUGUCAAGAAGGAUCAGCUGCAAGAAGAUGAGGAAACAGGCGAUGUAGCUGAUGAUGCUAACGACGCUGACGCGGUUGCAAAGUCUGAAGAAGAAUUGGCUCGAAAAAUUGCAGCCAUUGACGCUCUAGCGGUCUUGGAGAAAGAGUUUGCGACGCUGCGCGAAAAGAUUUAUGAUGAAAGAAUUGCCAAGAUUGAUCGUGAAUUGGAACAACUUACAAGCCCAGAACCAACACAUCCGGAACUCUUGCGUCAGCUUGAAUGUUUACAGCGUCACCGCGACAAGAAAAUAAACUAUGAGCAUACUCUGUAUCAAUAUCGUAUGCAGUCACUUAUGAGUCGGAGUCUUGCCGACCGCGCUCAAAUCCACAGCACUUAUUUCCAGCGCAUCCGAGAUACGCGGGAGAAGCACUCCACUGCUGUUAGCAAACAGUUCUAUGCUAUCCAGCACGAUCGCUUCAAGACCGAGGAGCUUGGCGCUCAUCAUUAUAUUCCCUUCCCUACCAGACGGUCACAGCAAAUUUCGCAACAAACCGCGUACAACCAAGAAGUAUCGGUUAUGGCUGGAGUUGCAAAGUAUGUCGGUUUCCCUGCAGCGCCAACCUUGUCUGCGGCUCGCACAACCGAAAUUGAUGACGAUUUUGACAAAAUGGGUAUUUCCGUUGAACACCGCCCGGUUGUGGCUCCGCAAUCUGGAGUACGAGGAGGCAUUUCUUCCGAUAUGCCCCGCUAUACAGCGGCUGAAGAAACCCAUCACGAACAGCAGCCUAUCUGGGCCAAUCCUCAAUAUGUACAAGCAAAUCGGCCUGCACAUCUGGCCAAUUUGACAUCUUUCACAACGCCAGCAGCACAGAAGCGUGUCAUAGAUAUCAAUGCACCAAACGGGUCUGCAUCUACUAUAGCAGACAAUGCAUCCGCUGCAAACUCUUCGACAGGGAAUACCCCAUAUGGAAUAGAACAAGAUCAUAGACAGCACGCAGCUGGUCAGCCUGGCACCGUCGACUUCGAUGCUUUGGACAGAAAGUCUGGACUCAGAUCUCAAAGCUCGUCUCCACUGGAUGUCCGCAAGGGGCCUUCGACAAAUCCAACCCAUCUAUUUGAAGCCAGACAUGAAGUCCCUACCCGAAAUCCAGGCUACUCCCCUCCACGAUUUGGCUUAUUUGGGGCCUCGAAAAGGGAAAGCUCACCACCCUUGUCUACUUCGAAUAAACCAUUGGGUGGCAUCCAUUCUUCCGGGCUUAUGACUGGAUCAGGGCCAAGUCGGAUGAUUGCACGGUGA